AUGGUCGAACCGAAAAGUAUAGUCAAGACUGUUUUCUUCGCAUUGGUAUUGGACCUACUAGCAUUCACAAUACCAUUACCCCUCUUUCCUAGAUUAACAGCAUGGUAUCUCACGUUAGACUCAUCGCCCAAUUCGUUACUCUCGAACCUCCUAUACAUAUCAAGAAAAUGGCGUUCAACGUUAUUAUCCCUAUCUUCUACAACAGGCUAUGUCACAGAUGGUGAUGAUCAAGGUAAAAAAGAAUGGGAUGUAGUUUUACUUGGUGGUGCAAUGGGAAGUUUAUUUAGCUUGUGUCAAUGUAUCAUAAGUCCGUAUUUGGGUAGAUUAUCCGAUAAAUAUGGAAGGAAAAAAGUGCUAUUAGCUACUAUGAUAGGUAAUUUACUUUCAGCCAUAAUCUGGAUACAAUCAACUUCCUUCGCCUCGUUCCUUCUGUCAAGACUUGUAGGUGGAUUGAGUGAAGGGAAUGUCCAAUUGAGCACAGCUAUCAUAAGUGACGUUACGACUUCAUCGACAAGGUCAAAAAGUCUUGCUUUAGUAGGGAUAGCAUUUUCCAUUUGCUUCACCUUGGGGCCAUCAUUAGGAGCAUAUUUCGCUUCCCGUCCAAUACCACUGACAACUUCAACUUCAAAGGACAAGUUGAAUAUAUAUGCUUUACCAGCUACCAUCUCACUUGUAUUGUUAUUAGUCGAAACUAUAUUCCUAGCAGUCAAAUUACCUGAAACGAAAGGAUGGAAGAAAGAUGAUACUUCUAUCGAAGAGAAGAAAGCGGACGGUCAGAAGGGUUUAUCAGUUGAAGAAAAGUUGAACAAGUUGAAAAUCGUUGGAAGAUUACAUGGUCUAUUUUUACUAUUCUUUUCAGGUGCUGAAUUCACCUUGACUUUUCUGACGUACGACUUGUUUUCCGCUACGAAUGCUCAAAAUGGUCGACUGCUCUCCUAUAUUGGUAUACUGUCCGCAAUACUCCAAGCUAGACAUGUCCGACCCUCAUUAACGCGAUUAGGUGAAAUCCGAUUGGCUUCAUAUGGUAUAUUAUCAUGUAUAAUAGCACUUUCCCUUUUAUCAAUCUUACCUUUCUCAUCUAUUUUAUCAAAUCCAUCAAUGUCUACAUUGGUUUUAUAUGGAUCAGCAACAUGUUUAGCAUAUACAUCAGCAACUGUAGUAACUGGAUUAACAUCUUCUGCAGCUUCUUUGGUUGAUGAGUCCCAUCCACUCCUUCAACGCGGAAGGGCUUUGGGUGGAUUUAGGUCUAGAGGUCAAUUGGGAAGAGCUGUAGGUCCAUUAUUGGCUAGUUCAAUUUAUUGGAUCAAAGGUCCAUCAAUAGCUUAUAUCGGUUUAGCAAGUUGUUUAUCCAUAGUUUGGUUUAUCACAAAUAAACAUGUUGAGAAAAGGAAGAAAAUAGAAUAA